AUGGCAGCUUCUUCGCUGUUCCGUAUUAUUCAGAGAGGUUCCACUGUUAUCAAAUCCUCGUAUGCUGCUACCUCGUUUUUGGUCUCUCCCAGGUUAGUUGGGAGGGGUGUGCCUUUUGAGAAGCAAGGUUUUUGGUGGGGUUUGAGGGAGUUGAGUUAUGGGAAGGUUAAUCUUGUGAUAAGGGAUGGGAAGACAAAGUUUGAGACUCAUGAGGUUGAGGCUCCUAGGAAAGAUAAGUGGAAGACUAAGAAGAGGUUGAAGAUGCAGAGGAAGCGAGAGAAGGAGAAGAGGAAAGCGGCGAAUAGGAGAGAUCCUCGUCGACUUGGCGUUAAAGGGAAGAAAAAGAAACAGAAGUUUGCCAGUCCAGAAGAGAGAAUCAAGUUCAAGAUUGACAAUGCGAGAGUCAAAGAAGCGUUGCUCAUUGAAAGACUCAAACGAUAUGAAGUUGCUAAAGCACAUGGUCCCGAUGUAAAACCAGAUGGCUUAACGGGGGAGGAACGGUUUUAUCUGAAGAAAAUGGCUCAGAAGAGUUCUAAUUAUCUACAAGUUGGAAGAAGAGGGUUAUUUGGAGGGGUUAUUCUCAAUAUGCAUUUGCAUUGGAAGAAACACGAGACCGUUAAGUGCAUAUGCAAGCCUUGUAAACCUGGUCAAGUACAUGAGUAUGCACAAGAACUUGCCAGAUUGAGUGGCGGUAUUCCGAUUCACAUCAUUGGUGAUGACACUAUAAUAUUUUAUCGCGGAAAGAACUAUAUACAACCUGAGGUUAUGUCGCCCAUAGAUACAUUAUCCAAGAAAAAGGCACUUGAAAAAUCAAAGUAUGAGCAAUCACUCGAGUCAGUGAGACGCUUCAUUGCGAUCGCGGAGAAAGAAUUGGAGCUAUAUCACAGACACGUUGCACUUUAUGGUGACCCUAGCAACCGCAAUCCCUUGUCUAUACUCGACGGUCCAAGUGGAAACUCCAACGGAAAGAGGAAUCAUGGUGAAAAGAACCUUGACUCGAGUAGCUAUUAUCUUUCAGAAACAGAAGCAGAUUCCUCACAGACGGACCUAUCAGAAUCCGAAGAUAACUUUAAAAAUGGAAACUUGUCAAUGAGUGAAUCAGAUUCUGAAGAAGAAGAAGAAGACAGCAUGUUGGGUUUGGAUGACGAUGAAGAAAGAGAAGUAUAUUUUAAUGGUCAAAGUGUAUGCUCAACCGCAGAUUCAUCAUCAAUAUCAAAACAUACCCAUCAUUUAAAGAGCUGCAUUGAGUAA